CUCCCAGUGCAUGUACAGUAUGAUAGUGUUGAACAGCUGGAGAACAAAUGUGAUAGUAUAGAAGAGCAGACAUUUCUCUGCACAUACAGUGAACUUCUUAACGUGUGUAAUAACUAGUGAACGACUACCUGAGAUCACAGUAAGUGAAUUAGUGUUGAAUAUACGAAGAAAAUGAAGUGAGACCCAUGCAUACCUCGGGAAUUCUCGUUUUCUAUUGCAAGAAUUCAUUGGUGUCUGCGCAAGAAGAAAGAAAAAAUAAACGGCAAUUCAAGAAGAAAACAAUCUUUGCUAGAAGAAUAUAAGUAUUUCAACCUAGAAAUUGUUGCUUGGGAUUUUUUUGCGUGUGGGAGUGGCGGACCUUGACGAGAGCCUGGGCAGUUGAGGAUCGUGCGACUCGCCUGCCUUAGAUAUGUUGUCAAUACGCCCGGCAGUUUCCUCGCCCGAACACCCCGCCGUGGUCGCCGGCCAAAUACCGAAGCGGGAACUGCUGAACACGCUACUGUCCCACUUGGCCGGCGGGAACAAAGGGCGAGUGGCCCUGGCAAAGGUGUUCCAGUGGAUCUACAAAGGAGGCCCCUGCAUCAAGACGGCCAUCACCUGCGCCGUGGCAAGCGAGUGGGACGAGAUAUUUCUCAGCGAUGAACAAAAGGAGAAGAUAGAAUCCGGCGCAGAUCCCGAAACGUUCGACAGGCAGCUCCUCUACUUCCUGCUGGAGAAUACGUGCGGGCUGGCUGAUGCCGACGAGUGCAUGUGGACCACCCCGGGCGGCACGCUUGAGUACCUGAUCCACCAGGUGGCGUUCGGACCCUCGAUCGAGAUGGGCCCGAUGGAGAGGCUGGCGGACUUCGAGGAGUGCAUCGCCCGGAUGCUGUGGAAGGCUGGCCACCUUUCCGGGAAGGACCCGCACCUCGUGGAAGCGCUGCUCACGGAGAUCAAGCAGUACUUCGAUCAAGUGAGGGGCAUCAUCGAGUCGGAGCCGGAGUCAGUGCCUCAGUCCAUUGUCACUCAAAUUGUCGACAUUUUGUCAAACAAAGACACUCCAUCAACAGACGGUGAUGAAGGCAUUUUGGUUGACUAUUUACUAUGCCUUGUAGAAGAGUCGAAGCAAGACAAAAAGGUGAUUGACAUAGUCGUUCAGAUUAUGAAGAAAUGCGAUCAGUGGACCAUUACCGGCGACAUGAUAAACGGCCUUGGCCUGCUGCUGGACCAGGUGGUUCCCGAGAGGAUGAAUUUGUGGUUCGACUCGAACCCAACGCCCAGCCGGGUACAGCCAGCUCUGGAGGACCUGGCGAAGCGGAGCGUGGAGGUCGACCUGUACACCUCCUCGCGGUCAGGUGAAGGCGCCUCGUACCUGAAGGCUCUGACGGGGCCCGGAAGCCUGUGCAAAGUGACGAGCUGCCAAGGCUUCGUGUCGGCUUCCACGGCCGAGCUCCUGCCGACGUCCGUGACGUCGCUCACGAUCUCAACGGACUUCCAGAGCCUGCCGGCGCUGGCGGCGGCACUCGCCAGGCUGGAGGACCUCGACUGGUUCUCUCUGGGUCUGACCGACGACGCCCGCCCCGACCCCGAGACGCUGCCGCCCCUGCCCGGCCCCUUCAUGUACAUCGACUCCCCUCGCAACCUCAGCUCUGAUGACGUGCCCUGGUGGUGCCACGCCGCCCGGCAGAUGUGCCCGCCCUCCAGUCAAAGGCGGUACUCGUACAUGGGCGUUAGUCUCGUCAAAGGAGGGGACUCCGAGCAGCUGAUCCGGCAACUGCACGAGCGGGGCGUGUGGGCCGAGGAUCUCCUGGUGACCUUCAGCACCUCCGACGUGGCGAUUGACUGCGAGCGGCUGCAGAACUUGGCGCUGGAGCUGGCGGUGUCCGAUAACCCGAAGUUUAUCAUAGAUUUCUGAUGUGCUUCAUGGGACGCAUUCUCUGCUCAUUCUCCGUGCUGCUAUAUUCGCAUGAACAGAAAAUUUGCUACUUUCGGCCUAUUCGAAAUUGAUUAAAUCCGUUAUAAACUCUUAAUCUAAUUUGCUCACAUUUGUGUUCUUCACAUUAUAUCUGCUGACAAUCAGAAAAUUGCUUUUCUUUUACAUAUCUCACGUUUAGGCAGUUCAUCGUUAUGAUAAUACGCAUAAAAACCUGACUAACAGAAGAGCAAUAUAUAAAUCUCUCUCUCUCUCUCACUCUCUCUCUCUCUCUCUCUCUCUCUCUCUCUCUCUCUCUCUCUCUCUCUCUCUCUCUCU